AUGUGCAAGUUCAGGGUGCUGUUGCUAUGCUUUGCAGUUGUGGCGGUACAUUUUAGAAAUGUACAUUGCUUAUCGGAUGAAGACAAGAAAGUUCUACUGGAUGGUCUGGAAUCUAUCGCUCAUGAUUGUUUGCAUGGAUGUGGUAUUGAUGAAAAGGAAAUAGAGAGUUUUGGUUCCGACGACAAUCUUGAUCAGUGUUUCAAGAAAUGCGUUAUGACAGAUGCUGGAUUUUUAGAUUUAGAUGGCAAAUAUAACAAGGACAUAUUAAGUGAAUCUUUGACGAAGGUAACUGGCAAACAAGACAACGCUGAAAGGAUCUUAAAUGAACUAGAUCGCUGCUUCACUGAAAAUGGAGAUAAUUCAGAAAUGAAUGAAGAAGCUCAUAUGAAGCGUGUUGAUAUUCUUUUCGCUUGUCUAAGAGAAAUUAGAGAGGUAUUUUUUUUCCAGUAACCUUAACGUUAGCGACAAAGGUUGAGACCUCCACCAACGGAUAGAAACGCUGCUGUAUUUAAGAUGCAAAUAAAUAAUGAAAU